AUGGCGGUGGCGAGCUCGACGAGGACGUCGAGGAGGCUUGCGUUUGUGCUACUCGUGCUGGCCUUUUCGGCCGCGCUCGCAGAGAGCAGAGAUGCAUAUAUGAGGAGCGCAGAUCGAUAUGCCUGCAUACUGAGAGUUUCUGUUCAUGUCUCAAUGGUAUCCAUGCUGAUAAUGUUAGCCCAGGAAAACUUCCCUCCUGCAAGCAGAGGGUCAGGAUUAACUUCGGCAAACGGAAAGCUAUGUGUACUAUGUGAGCAAUACUCAACCGAAGCUCUGGUCUACCUGCGACAAAACGAAACCCAAACCGAGAUUCUCAGUGUCCUCCACCACACGUGUGCAAGCCUGGGUCCUCUAAGACAGCAGUGCAUCACGCUGGUCGACUACUACAUUCCCGCUUUCUUCUUGGAGGUUUCUGUGGUUAAACCUGAAGAGCUCUGUGAGUCGGCGCACCUGUGCCCAAAGGGGGCGGCGACUCUGUCGUCCACACGAGGGGAUGCCUGUGGUCUAUGCCAUCAUGUUCUUGUUGAAGUUCUUAUGAUGCUUAAGGAUCCCAACACCAAGCUGGAGAUAGUCGGGCUUCUUUUCAAAACAUGCAGCAAGGCGAAGAACUAUGAACCGCAGUGCAAGAGGCUUGUCCUUGACUACAUCCCACUGAUUCUGCUGAAGACCCAGGAGUUCCUUGAGACGACGGACAUCUGCUUUGCGACACAUGCCUGUAAAACAGGCAUGCAAGCAACCAUUCCUCUCUCCGCCGCUUUGUGA